AUGUUCGCCCGCGCGGCGUCCUCAGCAGCAGCUCGCCUCGCCGCUGCUGGUCGGUUGCGGCCGGCUGCGCGGCCGCGCUCCUACCACAAGCUCAUCAUCUAUGGGCGCGUGCAGUCGACGCCGCGCCUCGAGGGCGUGGAUAAGGCAGACGCGAGCGGAGACAGCGCUGUCGCCGCCGCCGCAGAGGCAGCCGAAGCCUCUGCAGAGAGCCUGCCGCCAUUGAGGCGGCCAACCUGCUACUUCUGGCUCAGCUCGACCGUGCCGCGCUUCUCCGAGUGGCAGGCUCUCAGCGACAAGCGGCCACCGCCGCGAAUGAGAGCAGGAAGCACCCGCCGCAGCAACCCCCGGACGCAAGCCCCGCCCGCCCUGGGCGCGCGCGUGUGCGAGAGCGCGGCGCCGCGGCGGCUCUGA